GCCAUUCCCAAAACGAGCUUUGGCGCCCGGUCUCAUUCGUUCCCAGCAGGCCCUGCGCGCGGCAACAUGGCGGGGUCCAGGUGGAGGUCUUGAGGCUAUCAGAUCGGUAUGGCAUUGGCGUCCGGGCCCGCAAGGCGGGCGCUAGCUGGCUCCGGGCAGCUCGGCCUUGGGGGCUUCGGGGCCCCGAGACGCGGGGCGUAUGAGUGGGGCGUGCGCUCCACGCGGAAGCCGGAGCCUCCUCCCCUGGAUAGGGUGUACGAGAUCCCUGGACUGGAGCCCAUCACCUUUGCGGGGAAGAUGCACUUCGUGCCCUGGCUGGCGCGGCCGAUCUUUCCGCCCUGGGACCGCGGCUACAAAGACCCAAGGUUCUACCGCUCGCCCCCUCUUCACGAGCAUCCGCUGUACAAAGACCAGGCCUGCUAUAUCUUUCACCACCGUUGCCGCCUUCUCGAGGGUGUAAAGCAGGCCCUCUGGCUCACCAAGACCAAGUUAAUAGAAGGCCUUCCUGAGAAAGUGCUUAGCCUUGUUGAUGAUCCAAGGAACCACAUAGAGAACCAAGACGAGCGCGUUCUGAAUGUGAUCUCUCACGCCCGUCUCUGGCAGACCACUGAGGAAAUCCCCAAGAGAGAGACCUACUGCCCGGUCAUCGUGGACAACCUAAUACAGCUGUGUAAAUCUCAGAUUCUCAAGCAUCCUUCUCUGGCCAGGAGGAUCUGUGUCCAAAACUCCACGUUUUCUGCUACCUGGAACCGAGAGUCUCUUCUCCUUCAAGUCCGUGGUUCUGGUGGAGCCCGACUGAGCACUAAGGAUCCUCUGCCCACCAUCGCCUCCAGAGAGGAGGUUGAAGCUACUAAGAAUCAUGUUCUAGAGACCUUCUACCCCAUAUCACCCAUCAUCGAUCUUCAUGAAUGCAAUAUUUAUGAUGUGAAAAAUGACACAGGAUUCCAGGAAGGCUAUCCUUACCCCUAUCCCCAUACCCUGUACUUACUGGACAAAGCCAAUUUACGACCACACCGCCUUCAACCAGAUCAGUUGCGGGCCAAGAUGAUCCUGUUUGCUUUUGGCAGUGCCCUGGCUCAGGCCCGGCUCCUCUAUGGGAAUGAUGCCAAGGUCUUGGAGCAGCCCGUGGUGGUGCAGAGCGUGGGCACGGAUGGACGUGUCUUCCAUUUCCUGGUGUUUCAACUGAAUACCACAGACCUGGACUCUAACGAGGGUGUCAAGAAUUUGGCCUGGGUGGACUCAGACCAGCUCCUCUAUCAGCAUUUUUGGUGUCUCCCAGUGAUCAAAAAGAGAGUGGUUGUGGAACCUGUUGGGCCAGUUGGUUUCAAGCCAGAGACAUUCAGAAAGUUUUUAGCUCUAUAUUUGCAUGGUGCUGUGUGAGCGGAGGACCCCUCUGAAUCCUGAAACCCCUCUUGCCUCUCUUCCACGGAAGAGGGUCUGGGCCCCGUGGAGCCUCAGUACCCGUUUGGCCUGCUGCUCUCGCUGACAAUAAAGAGCCCUUGCGUUGCA